ACGUACUUUGAAACACGCCAACAUGAGAGCAUUGGAAAUCAUUUGCUAUAAAUUAUUAUUUUAUUUAAUUUUAAAAUAUGCACAAACUGCUGCACUGAUCCCCAAAGGACCCUGUGAGAAUUUUUAUGCUUACGCCUGCAGUAACUAUAGCCGAGAUAAUCCUGAUCCCAACUACGGUGAAAUAACACAAAAAUUAAAUUUUGAAAUGAAUAAAAUAUUAAUGAAACAUUUACGCAACUCCUUGCAAUAUCACUUGUAUAGCCGAAAGCAAACGUAUUAUGAUAAAAUGGGACUAUAUUUGGAGUCCUGUAAAAGGGAAACUAAAAGAGAGUUAAGAAAAUAUUUUAAAGAAAUCAAACCCAGUAACAAAUUAAAUUGGCCUUUAUUGGAUGGAAACCAGCUGCAAUGGUUGGCAACAGAUAUGAACUUUGAUUUGUGGUCUUUAUUGGGACAACUGCAGUCUUAUGGUUUAAAUAAUAUUAUAGUUAAUAUGCAAAUUGUAAGAAAUAAGGAUAAUAAGCUUAAUAUUUGGCUAACACCAGCUGUGACCGAAGAAAAGGAGGAUGAACUAAACGAAAGACAAAUUUGGCAAGUAUUGUUGAAGACUUUGGGCAUACAGAAUAUAGAAACAAUUCUACAACAAUUGAUUAAUACCGAUUUAGAAUGGCAAAACUUAAGGCUAAAAUAUUCGAAUAACUUUGAGAGUAAAGUCACUAACUUGGAGAAUAUAGCUAAAAUCUAUCCUAAACUUAAUUUAAAAUUAUAUUUUGAAAAUCUCUUGGGUAAGGAAGUACAUAAUCUGGCAAAUAUUACUGUGGAAAAUCUGCAAUAUUUUGAGCAUCUUAAUCAAAAACUAUGGACUGCUGAGGAACUGGAACAUUUGUGCAAUUAUUUGAUGGUAAAAUUUUUACUUUACUUGGCCAAGGACAGCACAACUGGUUUUAAGCCUCUGGAGUGUAUUAAAGAUUUGAGGCAAAAAUUUGAUUUGGCGGUAAACUAUAUAUUUUAUCAUUAUCCUUUUUUUAGGAAACAACAUAGUUCUAAAAUAACUCUCGAUAAAUUGGCUCAAGAAAUCAAAGAAAUUAUGACGAAAUAUUUCAAUGAAAAUCAUUUAAAUCUUUCCAAACAGCAAAUAAAUUAUUUGCAAAAUAAAUUAAAACAUAUUUAUAUAAAUCAAGGAAAUUUACCCAUAAAUAUAAAUUUUACUAUGAUAGAUAAAUAUUAUCAGGAUUUACCACAAUUGGCGGCAAAUAAUUACUACAGAAAUCAUUUGUUAUUAUUAAAACAUCGUUUUCAUAAAUCUCUAUACUAUGCUCAACAUCAGACACAUUUCAUAGUGAGCGACAAUCGUUUGGGUGCUAUUACCUCAGCUUAUUAUGUGGCUCAACAGAAUAUGAUCGUCAUACCUCUGGACAAUUUUGCAUUACCAUUUUUUGACUCUCAACAAACGCCUCUGCAACAGUUAUCAGUUUUUGGUUUUGUUUUGGCUCAUGAACUAACGCAUGCAUUCGAUACUACUGGUUUAAAUUAUGAUCAAAAGGGAUUGCUUUUACCCUUUUCCUCCGAUAUAUUGGUUAAUGCUAACUUUUCCAAUUCCUUAGACUGUUUGCAACAUCAACAGCCUACUGAAGAUAUUGAUGAAUGUAUUGCUGAUCUUUUUGCCAUUAGAGUUGCCUAUCGCACUUAUUUGGAAUAUUAUUCGGAAAAUCAUAAAGGUGAUUGGCGUAAAGAAUUCUUUAUGAAUUUGGCACAGUUUUUCUGUGCCAAAGAUAAUGUAAAUUUCAUAGAUCAUAAUGCAGAUGACGUACGUUUGCAGCAGAUUUUAAUGAAUUUUCAAUCGUUUUCGGAGGCCUUUGAUUGUUUGCCAGGCACAUUUAUGAAUCCUAAAACAAAAUGUAGACUUUAUUAAGUUAUUAUGUAUGCAAAUAAAAACUUGUUUUAAAUAGCACAA